GAAUCUUUGAAAACUUUAUUUUUUAAUGAAACGCACAUUAUAAUGUAUACAAUUUCAGAUUGUAAAAUUAUUCGUUAAAUGGUGUGCGUUAUUAAAUAGCGGCAACCAUGGCGAUGAAAAUCAGCUGGUAAUUGCUUGUAAGCAUCGCUGAAAACGAAAGAGAAGACUAAAGCGGAAUAGGAAUACAAAAGUGAUUUUUCGAAAGACACAUAUGUAUAUAUAAACUUAAAUUUGCAUUUAAUGCCAUCAGUGUGGAGUGCUAAUAUAAAUUAUUCUUUAAACGUUUAUUAAAAGCAACAAUUAUCAAAAUGAAUCCAGAGGUGGAAUUACAUGAUAGCGAUGAAAGUGACAGUGAUUUUUGCCCAGAGAAAGAAGCCGGCAUUGAAGUUUCAGAAGAGGCUUCCAGUGAAAUUUCGAGUUGUAGCGACGAAGAUGCCGGUAGCCCUAAAAAUACACACAAAAAACCACCAAGUAAAAGUUCCGAUAGCACUAAAAAACAAGUGAAAAAAGUAAAAAGUAGAAAACGUGCACGUGCCGCCCAAGACGAGGUACAUUCGAGUGAUACAGAUGAUGAUGAGCGUACGACAGCAGACUCAGAGCGCAAGCGCAACACGCGACAAACAGAUGCGGCGAAACGACUAUGUAGUGGUAGAGAAAAAGACACCUUAGAAUCGGAAGAAGAAGAUAAAUCUAGAUCCGAUGCACUUUGGGCAGAUUUCCUGGGCGAUGUGAAACCUAAAAAUUCCGAACCAACAACAAAAGCCAAAGCGCAGGCAAGUACUGCCACCGUCAAUGGCGUAUCCGCAGCCAGUGCGACUAAUGGACUCCAUACUCCAAAGCAGCCUGCAGUUAAAAGCGAAGAAAAAAAAUCUACCUCUGAUGAAAAACCAGCAGAAAUGAAAAAAACAGUUAAAGUUACAGUGACCGAAGUUUUGGAUUUUGCGGGUGAAGAAGUGCGUGUAGAAAAAGUUGUCAACGCUGAUAGUGUUAAAGAGAAUAAAGAGACGGUGAAGCGUCCAGUAGCAAGCACAUCUGCAUUGAGAGCUGGUUUGCCAGCGGGUUUAAAAAGACCAAUGGCUGGUGGCAGCGGCGGUGGCAGUGGUUUAGGCUCAAUACUCAACCAGAUCGGCAAAAAGAAGAAAAUAUCCGUACUAGAAAAGUCACAGUUGGAUUGGAAGAGCUUCAAGCAAAACGAGGGUAUUGAAGAGGAGCUGCAAACAUUCAACAAAGGCAAAGAUGGCUACUUGGAGCGCCAAGAUUUCCUACAACGCACCGAUUUACGACAGUUUGAAAUUGAAAAGAACCUACGCCAGUCAAGGCGCACCAACUAAAUCCUACCAUAGUUUUAUAAUUUACUAUAAUUAAUAUUUAAACAAAUUUAAAUUGACACAUUCUGAACUAGCUAUGUAAUUAUUUAAAUACAUAAGUAACUGAUACAAAUUAUAUGCUACAUUUACAUAUAUAUUCAUAAAACUUAUUUGGUGUUGUUCAAAUUGACCACUUGAUAACCGCCUAUUGUAUUCUACAUAUAAUAAAACACAUACUAUGAAAACAAUAUUCAUAGAAAAUAGCAACAACUAUAAAACAGGAAUGCUUAUUGGUAAAUGUUGUGGAUCCAUAAUUAUCAACAAGAGGAAUAUUUAAUAAAGUGAAAAUCAAAUACUAUAAAUGUAUGUGGGAUUAUCAAAUAAAGUGACAAUUAGCCAGAA